AUGCCGAUCCAGAUAUUCUGCACCAUCUCCUUCUCCUCCAGCAAAAAGAAACACGCUAUCAAGAGCCCUGCUGGAAGUAAUCACGACAAAUCUCUUUAUGACCAGCACAAUCCAGAAGACUCAGAGAAGGACUCCAAAGAGGAAGAAGAACUAGGGGAGGAAGAUGAAGGUACAACCCCAAAUCUGGCAGCCUUUGCCAAUAGCUGCACCUUGCAUGGUGCCAACCAUAUCUUCAUAGGGAAUGGAUUUGGAAUCCGCCAGACCCUCUGGGCAGGUGCAUUCCUGAUCUCUCUGUCCAUUUUCUUAUCCCAGGUAGCUGGGCGAAUUUUUUACUAUCUGGAAUAUCAUCAUAUCACGCAGCUGGACGAGCAGGAGAGUCCACAGCUGACUUUCCCUGCUGUCACUUUCUGCAACAUCAAUCGCAUCCGAGUAUCUCAGCUCACCUACGAUUACUUGUCUUAUAUUUCACCGCUUUUGGGCUAUGACGUGGGUACCUAUCUGGAAGCAGGCUUCCCACUGGCUACCCCUAGCUUUGAAGUGCCCGAGGAGCCCCUCAAUCUGCUUAACUUUUAUGACCGCAGCAGCCAUCAGCUGGAGGAUAUGAUGCUGACUUGUAGAUACCGUGGGGAAAUUUGCAGGCCUGAAGAUUUUACUAUGGUGAGUGAUGAUUACCUAGUUUCUGUAGUAUCAGCCAUGGGGAGAAACCUUAGUUUUGCUGAGAGCUAAGCUGCUGGCUAGUUGGUAGAAUACUCCCUUUC